AUGUCUUCUACAACACUCCCAAGCUCUACCCAGUCUAUACCCGUUACAUUCAAAAUCGGUUGCGCAGGCACCUUGUUUUAUGUUCACAGUGAGCUUCUUGCAGCUCAAUCUCCGUCACUAGAAAAGCUCGCGAAGGAACAUGCAACGGAACAAGACUAUGGCCCGGUCCGUUGGGGAGAUGUUGACGAGGCGAUAUUCGGUCGCUUCGUAAGCUACAUCUACACGGGUGACUACAAGGAGGCAAAAGUCGUCCCUCGUCAUGGCAUGGUUCCAUAUGAUCAAAAAGACUCCCCGUCCGCGAUAUCUGAAACUUUGUCCCAGUCUACAGAUUCAUCGUGGGAUCAACCUGCACAACACCAGCCGAACCAGCGACGGCGCAAUCGCAAAAGGCCAUGGAGUCAGUUUUUGAACCUGCACCCGGAACCGACACAGCCGGAGGAAUUUGUUGAUGGGAGGGGGGACCAUACCGAGCUUUUCCUAUCCAACGCGGAAAUUUAUGUUUUUGCUAAAAAGCACGACAUUGAAAGUCUACAGGAACUGUCGCUGCGCAAGCUACGGGCAGCCCUUGAGGAACUUCUCCUAGAUGAGUUCAAUGACGAAGCCAUCGGCGAUGUCGCAGAUCUUGUCAAGUAUACCUACAAAGCUACGAAGCACCAGCAGGAUGACAAGGAGCCGCUGAGACAUCUGGUCACUCUGUACGUGGCUUGCAAGAUAGAUAUUUUGUGGACAUGGCAGAGUUUCCGGGACUUGGUUGAGAAUAAUGGUCAGCUUUCGAAAGGUCUCAUCACUCACAUGUUGGGCCGCCUCUGA